UUUAAAUAAUUUUUUUGUCUUUACUCCAUAACAAUGCCUAAUUCUCCUCCUUACAAAGAAGAGAUUAUCAUUGACUAUGAAGAUAUCUCUCAUCAACGUCAAACCCAAGAAUUUUUUAAACAUUUACCAGAGUAUACAAAGCAGUACAUUGUCAGCUUAUUUCCUAUCGCAACAUGGCUUCACCGCUAUAAUUUAAUGUGGCUAGUCCGUGAUCUAAUUGCCGGCGCUACUGUAGGAAUUGUAAUUGUCCCUCAGAGUAUGGGUUACGCCAAGAUUGCGGAAUUGCCAGCACAAUAUGGCCUAUAUACUGCCUUUGUUGGUUUAUGUGUUUAUUGUUUAUUUGCUACCUCCAAAGAUAUUAGUAUUGGUCCCACAGCCGUCAUGUCAUUACUGGUGGGUCAGACAGUAACGCGUGUGACUUCAGCAGACCCCACUAUCACAGGGCCAGAAAUUGCUGUGGCGUUGUCUUUAUUCACAGGCAUUAUUGCUAUGUUUAUUGGCCUUGUGCGACUCGGUAUUUUAGUUGACUUUAUCCCAGCACCCGCAAUUGCUGGUUUCAUGAGUGGAUCAGCCAUUACAAUUACAAUUGGUCAGAUGCCCAAGCUGUUUGGCAUCAAAGGAAUGAAUACACAAGACUCUUCCUAUUUAAUCUUUGGAAAUUUCUUCAAGAAUUUGCCCAACACCAAAGUUGAUGUUGCAUUUGGUCUCGUAAGUUUGGUCUGGUUGUAUGGCGUCCGCUAUGCUUGUCAAGUCCUCGGUAGACGGUAUCCAAAGUACUCUAUGCAUUUUUUUUUCUUCAGUAUCAUGAGAAAUGGUCUCUUGGUCAUCUUUGGCACCUUGUUUGCGUUCUUGAUCAAUAUCGGUAAAUCAACCAGCCCCAUCAGUAUUUUGAAAACAGUACCCGCUGGUUUCACCGCUAUGGCUAUUCCCACCAUCCGUCCCUCCGUAAUCUCAGGAAUUGCUAGCUCCCUUCCAUCCGGUGUGAUCAUUUUGAUCCUUGAACACGUUGCUAUUGCUAAAUCAUUUGGUCGAAUUAAUGAUUACACAAUUAAUCCAGAUCAAGAAAUUAUUGCUAUUGGGUUCACAAACAUAUGGGCAUCCUUUUUUGGUGCAUAUCCUUCUACUGGUUCAUUCUCCCGUACUGCUAUUAAAGCAAGAUCAGGUGUCAAGACACCUAUUGCUGGUAUCUUUUCUGCGUUGAUUGUAUUAUUGGCCCUUUAUGCUUUAACGCCUGCUUUCUAUUUUAUUCCUGAUGCUGUUUUGGCUGCUGUGGUCAUCCACGCUGUGGCAGAUUUGGUCUCUGGACCUAGCUACGUAAAGAGACUGGCGGCUGUAAGCUUAUGGGAACUUUUGAUCUUUGUUGCUACUGUUCUGGUCACGUUUUUCUCCACAGUUGAAUAUGGUAUUUAUGCAUCUGUUGCCAUGUCUAUUGUUAUCCUCUUAUUCCGUAUUGCUCGUCCACGUUUCUGGGGCUUAGGUCGUAUCCCUCUUUCGUCCGUUCACUCUGUUGUUUAUGAAGAAGAUAAAAAACAGCAAUUUACAACCACUGAACAUCAAAACUUUUUAUAUGUUCCUGAACAACAUCCUUCUCUCGGUAAACUUGUAGAAUCGUUACCUGACGGCAUUCUUAUGUGUCGUGUCGAUGAAUCUUUCACAUACCCUAACUCAAGUUUUAUCUCUGAUAAAAUUAUUACCUAUUGUAAAACUCGUACCCGAUCUGGUGGCAAGGUAUUGAGCAAAGGAGAUCGACAAUGGAAUGAUGAUUCUACCCCUGCCACUUUGGCUGCCCGCUACAACUUGCCCCGUCUUCAUGCUCUUAUUCUUGAUUUUGCGAGUGUCAACCGUCUGGAUUCAAGCGGACUUCAAGCAAUUGUGGAUGCACAAAAUACCUUGAACCGCUAUAGUGGACAUCACGUUGAAUUUCAUUUUGUAAAUAUUUUGCAUCCUGCUAUUCGUCGCUGUCUUAUUGUAGCCCAAUUCGGCACUCAACCUAGACCUGGAGAUAGUCGUAAAGAAGUCUUGCCGGUUGUACCUGCUUCUAGAGAUGGACCUCAACGUGAUAACGAACAUCAACAUGCUGAUAUGGAAAAUCAAGUAAAUCAGGAAGAGGACGUAAAGGAAGGUCAAACUGAUUAUGUAGAGACUGUUCAAGGGGGUAUUUCUAUUCCCAAAGAUCGCUAUCCUUUCUUCCAUUGGAGCUCUGAUGAUGCUGUUCGUUCUGCUCUAGAGUCUCAGGAAAUUCGUCAGUCCCUGGAGGAAUCCGGUGAGACUCUUCCUGAUGAAGCUAUUUCCAAUAGUAAUGUACCAGCUUCGCAUUAAGUUAGUUAUACCCGCAUUUUUUUGCUCCAUGUUCUAUUCCUGUGUAUCAUAUUAUAUAUAUAUCCAUCUUCCUUUUGUUGUAAUUCCAUGUUCAAUGUAG